ACUAGCCUACGUCCUGGGCUCUGUACUCCGGCGUGAAAGUAGAGAAUACUAGUCCGAGCGCUUCAGAUGAUCGCAUAGGAUAUUUUCUCCACCGCAACCGAGCUAAUGUUAGCAGCUGUGAGCGGAACACUCAGCGAGACCGGGGGAAUCCACUUCUGACGGAGGCCAUGCUAUUAUGCCGCUUGAAAAUGUACCAGAAUAAACGGAUGACAGCGCUCCGAUCCGUCGAAGGAAAACUUUUGGGUUCAGUUUACACGGCGGGCUUGCAGUAAAAAAGGUCGUGCGGCUAACGGGGUCCCGAAGGCCGGUGUGAAGCGUGGAGCCGUGGCUGGCAUGGUGCGGUCACGCAUGCAGCCGAACCGCAUCGACUGAACGCCGCUCUGACUGCGUCGCUUCUCGGGUCGGCUAAUGUUCAUGAGGCGUGUAUGGGUCCUGCGUACUCGAGAUCCCCACUCCCUCACAGGGAGACCUGAAUCCGAGCUGCUCUACGGGCCACAUAUUUGCCAAGCUUGACUGUCAUUUCAUGUAUGGAUGGACGCGUGCAUGCUUUGACAGAAUCCUGCGUGCAUCGUUGCAGUUGGCACAGUGCAUCCCAAGGAGGGGCUGUUACUCUAGCAAAUAUACAUUGGCUCCGUCGAAGCGUUUAAUUUGCGGAGGCUCGCGGCUGCCUGUCUCCCUAAGAACAUUACGUAAGGCUGCAGCGUACGCUACGUCUUUUCGAAGUUAAAAUAUCGGGUGACAUUGCAGUCUCUCCCCUCUCUGUUGGGGAGAUAUAACGUACGCUCCUCUCGGUUAUUACGUCUGUCAAAGGAAGGGAAGGUGGAGCAUUGUCCGUCGUACGUGCUGACGCAGUGGGAUUUCUACGUGUGGUCUGCGUUUCGGCCCGCCCUUCCCGCGGUGACGGUGAUGGGUCGGAAGCGGUGUGUCGGUGCAGAUUGUUCGAAGAUGGCGGCAGGGUGCUGCGGGGUGAAGAAGCAGAAGUUGUCGGGAUCCCCCGGGGCUGGGGGUCCCGGCGGGGCGUGCAGCGGAAUAGCCGGGACCGGACAUUGUGGAUCGGAAUUGGGGAUCGGGUCGUCGUCGACUGUUGUGGCCGGGAACGUGAAUCGGGUGAACGGCCUGGGGGGUCCGGGGGGUAGUAGUAGUAGUAGCAGCAACAACACCACCAAUGCUCUGUCCCCAACUCCAGGAGGCUACAACUCCACCGGCCUCUCCCCGACUCUCAGCCCCGGCUCCGGAGCCAGGAAAAUGGUCGUUUCGGCGGAGAUGUGUUGCUUUUGCUUCGACGUGCUUUAUUGCCAUCUGUACGGAUACCAGCCUCCUCGAACACCCAGGUUUACAAACGACCCCUACCCACUGUUUGUCACUUGGAAAAUCGGCCGGGACAAGCGGUUAAGGGGUUGUAUAGGUACAUUUUCUGCCAUGAACCUGCACUCAGGACUCAGGGAGUACACCCUUACCAGUGCCCUUAAAGACAGUCGCUUUCCCCCCAUGACGAGGGACGAGCUGCCGCGCCUCUUCUGCUCAGUGUCUCUGCUCACCAACUUUGAGGAUGUUGGUGAUUACCUAGACUGGGAGGUGGGUGUUCACGGAAUUAGGAUAGAAUUUUUUAAUGAAAAAGGAUCAAAGCGCACCGCCACCUACCUGCCAGAGGUUGCGAAGGAACAAGGAUGGGACCACAUUCAGACCAUAGAUUCCUUACUUCGAAAGGGAGGUUACAAAGCUCCUAUCACAAAUGACUUCAGGAAGACUAUUAAACUGACCAGGUACCGUAGUGAAAAGAUGACCAUGAGCUACGCAGAAUACAUCGCCCACCGCCAGCAUCAUCACUACCAGAAUGGCAUCGGGCACCCUCUCCCUCCUGUAACACAAUCUCCUGCAGGUUUGAAAGGACAAGUAGUGACGAGUCUAACCCCAUCUUUCCCUCAUGGCCUGGGGGAUUCGGGCAUAUACUUAACAUCUCAUCUGUUAUAGAUGUGCACAUUUACGCAACAUACAAUUACCCUGGAGUCUCUCGCUUUGUAAGCGCUGUGGAUGUUCGCGUUCAUGUACAUCGCCGUUUUGAAAGACGGCUGGCUUAACUAGCUGAACGCUGUCGCCUCCAUAUGGCCAAAACUACAGCGAUAAUGAGGUUCAAUGUGCCGAGUUUACUUUGCUAACAACAUUUGUUCAAAUAUCAUCGGUUCGUUCGGUUGCAAGCCACACUAUGCGAUGAAAGACACGUUGGUUCUUUCGUUUUUGGUUCUGUCAGAUAUGUCGAUACAUUUUAAGUUAAGAAAAAUCAGUUGUGAAAUGACUGCAAAUGGAACAAAGUAUUUUCAUGAUUCCUAGAGUAGUUUGAACAUGCACUUUGAGGACAUUAGCAAUCCCAGGCACAUUUAAACACUGUAGAAACUCUCAGUACCUGUCCUACAGUUACAUUGCUCAAAGAUUGGGUCAAAAAGCAUUGUCUCGCUACGCUGUCUUUGGGGUUUCUGUCAUUUUUAACAACACAACUGGGAUUAGUGUUUGGUGUGUAUAGCAAAUGCUCAUUUUAGGCAUACGUGUUGGGUUGUAACACCUGCAGACGAGCUUCACGCUCGCUGUUGAACCCAUAGUCCUUUGAAAGUCGUUUGGCUCAUGUUACCUUUGUGUGUUCAACCGAACCAAAGAUGCCUCCAGCCAUGUCCAAAUGCUGCUCUACAGACCUGCCUUCCUGUCCUUCCAAAAACCUUCCCUGCAAGAGAAAUGUCUUAUGUUUCUGUGUAUCUUUUUUUUUUUUGUACAAUUUCUAAUGUUGUUUUAGGAUUUUAGCUACCUAAGUUCAAUGAAUUUUCAUUGUAGCUGUCUUUGAGACCUUGCACGGUGUCAAUGACCGUAAUACUAGGUUGCACGUUUUUUGUUUUCAUCAUUGUUGUUGUUAUAUAUUUUUGUAAAGAAAGAAAACCCCAUAGCGUGCCUCUUAGAUUUAUGGGUUUCUUAAUGUUUUUUUGUUUUUUUCUCCUAAGACCAGCAGUUAUACUUUAUACGAAAGAUGAGUUAAUCCUUAUUUUUAAAUGCCAUUUAAAGAAAAAAAUAAAAAAUAAAAAGCCUCUUUUCUUUACUCUGGACCCAGUAGCUGCACUGGCAUACAAUCGCACUGAUAAAUAUGGGGGGGGGAGGAGUAUAAUUAAUAAUAAUGAUGAUGAUGAUUAAAAA